AUGCGCCAUGAUGAUUUCGCAGCUACGCAGUACGCCGCGGAGCUCUGCGCGCUCCUCAUCGAGGAUCAAUUUGGGGACCUUUUUGCGCGCAUCUUCACUACCCUGCAACGCUAUGAGCGGCUGCCACUGCCGCGUCUCAAAUUCUACUCCCGUUUAACUGAUCGCCAGCUGCAUCAUGGGCUUGCCGCCAUGAUUCAACACCAUCUGAUCUAUCACUUUACUUCCCUCGAAGACGGCAACACCUAUUACACCGCAAACCCGCAAGCUGCGUAUUAUCUUGUGCGCUCGGGCAAGAUUAUUCAACUGGUUGAGAGCCGACUCGGAGAAUAUGCGGCACGAGUCAUGGAAAUGAUCCUCUACCUCGGGCACGCACCAAUCAAACACCUCGAAAGCCUUCCCGAGCUACGACAGUUGAAGCCCGCAGUUCCAAAUGGCGUUCACAAAGACGAAGAGCAAGAGCUUCAAGAGACUGAGAACGACAUGGAACUCGAAGACGACACUAACGGAGCAAACGGAGCAAACGGAGACCAUGUUGAAGAGGAGGAGCAAAAACCGGCACCUCUGAAUUCUACCCUGAAAGCUCUUGCAUCGCACGGUUAUAUCUUGCGCGUCAAAGAUGCGCACUUCCAGAGCCCUGAAGACAACUACAUCGAGGCGCAUAAGGCCGCCGCAAACCGCUCUGACAUCAAAAUGCUCAAGGGAAAGAGGCAGCAGGAAGCAUUGCUGCUGAAGACCGAGGAGAUACUUGCGCAACGCACAGACGGUGACCUCUCUGAGGGGCUGAUGGUCAAUGGCCUGCCUCGCGGUGUGAAGAGGAAGUUUGUCAACGGCAUCUCCGAUUCAGCGAGCAAGAGGCUCCAGACGGGCCACAACGGCGUGAACGGUGACCAUGUAGACGAAGACGGAGAAGAGAACGAUUGGUCCGAGGAUGAAGAUGGGUUUGAUAAUAUUCCCAUGGAGUCCGGACUGGUCGUUCGUGUAAAUUAUGAAAAACUAGACGUGGCCCUACGAAACGCCCGCUUUGUCGAAAUGGCAGAGCAAGACGCACCCCCCACCACCGCAAAGGUCUAUGAGGGCCUCCUCCGCCGCAUUGAAUAUAUCACCAAACGCUGCCGCGACACAGACGAGAUUCCCCGUGAGGGAGAAGAAGGCGAGCAGUUCUCCGUUCCCAUCGAGACUUACAAGAUCGUCGACGCCGUCGAUUCACACCUGGACUUAUCAAGCUCCAUCGGGCCUCUGAAUCCCGCAACGGAAGCACUCAACCGCCGCGGCAAGCGGCCGCUCGAGAAUGGAGUCAACGGUGACCACCAUGAUGAGGAGGAGGAGGAGCAGGAGGAGGCGAAGGGUGAUGAUGACGACAAUGGCGUCAGCCGCGCCUUCGAGAUCAACCAGCAUCUCAAGCUCCUCGAGCAGGCCCCGCACAACCUCGCAUCCCACGUGAACCUCUCCGAGGGCAUCAAGUGGCGCGUCGGCUUCCGCGGGCUGGCGCGCAAACUGCGUCAUCUGGAGCUGGAGCGGCUGGUAGAGAUGCGCUACGGCGACGUCGCCCUGCGCGUCCUCCGCGUGCUCCACGCCAAGGGCAAACUCGACGAGAAGCGUUUGCAGGAGAUCAGCCUGCUGCCGUUCAAAGAUCUGCGGCAGACCCUCGCCAGCAUGCAGUCUGGCGGGUUCGUCGAUCUGCAGGAAGUCCCCAAAGACGCGCAGCGCCAGCCAUCCAAGACGAUCUUCCUUUGGUACUUCGACCCUGACCGCGUCUGCAGCAGUGUGCUGGAGGAUACGUACAAGGCGAUGUCGCGCACUCUGCAGCGCAUCAAGUUCGAGCGCACUCUGCGGAGGGACUUCCUGGAUAAGACUGAACGCAGUGAUGUCAAGGGGAAUGAAGAGCGGUGGCUGAGCGAGGGGGAACUAGAGCAGCUGCAGCGGUGGAGAGAUAUGGAAGCUGUAUUACUGGGAGUCGUCUCGCGCUUGGAUGAUAUGGUGGCUGUGUUGCGGGAUUACUGA